CGUCGUGCCCCGCGGCGCGGGCGGAGGCGGGGCAGGCGGUCGGUUGCUAAGCCUUGGGAGGCGCUGCGCUCGCGUGCGGUUCUUCAGGUGGCCCUAGGCUUCUGUCCCGCCCAGUUGUCACAGCGGAAAUGUCUGAAAAGGAGAACAACUUCCCGCCGCUGCCCAGGUUUAUCCCCCUGAAGCCCUGUUUCUACCAGAACUUCUCGGACGAGAUCCCCAUCGAGCACCAGCUCCUGGUGAAGAGGAUCUACCGGCUGUGGCUGUUCUACUGUGCCACGCUGGCGGUGAACCUCGUGGCCUGCCUGGCCUGGUGGAUCGGAGGCGGCUCGGGGGCCAACUUCGGCCUGGCCUUGCUGUGGCUGCUGCUCUUCUCCCCGUGCGGCUACGUGUGCUGGUUCCGGCCGGCCUACAAGGCCUUCCGCGCCGACAGCUCCUUCAACUUCAUGGCCUUCUUCUUCAUCUUCGGAGCCCAGUUUGUCCUGACCGUCAUCCAGGCCGUCGGCUUUGCGGGAUGGGGCGCAUGUGGUUGGCUGGCGGCAGUCGGGUUCUUCCAGACCAGUGUCGGGGCUGCUGUGGUCAUGCUGCUCCCAGCCAUCAUGUUCUCCAUGUCCGCUGCCAUGAUGGCCAUUGCAAUCAUCAAGGUGCACAGGAUCUACCGGGGGGCUGGCGGAAGCUUCCAGAAGGCGCAGACUGAGUGGAACACAGGCGCGUGGCGGAACCCACCGUCCCGGGAGGCUCAGUACAACAACUUCUCGGGGAACAGCCUGCCGGAGUAUCCCACUGUGCCCAGCUACCCGGCGGCCGGCAGCCAGUGGCCUUAGAGGAGCUGGCCGCCUCCCUGCCCGGCCGCCCCCACUGCCCUCUCCCCUCCCCGGCCAGGGUGGCGGCGCCCGCGCACACCCAGAGACCCACAUGCGCGCCUCUCACCUCCGGGAGCGGCCGUCCUUGCGAGCGGCGCCCGGAAGCUGCCCGGCCUCCGCUGCCCGGCAGGAGGACGCUGUCUCCCGCGGAGGUCCCCGCGCCCACUGCAGGCCUCCCUGACGAGGAAGGGCAGCAGGCCCGCUGCCUGCCUGCUGGAGCUGACGGCGCAGAGCGGGACUCCGCCGGGCGUCCCCUCGGCCCUUCUCGUCCCCUCGUUCCUGUCCCUACAGGCGACACUUGGCCGGGUCCUCCAUGUUCUUGUCCUCUGUGUCCUGGUCCGCCUGCAGCCAGAGAGCUCCUGUGCACAGUCCUGCAGAGUCCGCCAGAGCCGAUGAGCCGCCUGGGUGCCGUGGUCUGAGCCCCUGUCCGUCUGUCCAUCUGCCCCUUGGGCUCUGUGCAGGGCCGUUGGCGGGCCUGCCCGCAGCGGCUCUCUUCCUGGGAACGUGGAGCAGACAUUUGUCGAGAUCCGGAACCUGGGGUGGAACCCCUCCGGGGGAGGAUGGGGGCCACCGCCUGGGCCGGCUGCCUGGAGCCUGCGGCCACACAGCCCCUCCCGAGCUGUAGGAAGCGGGAGACAGAAUUUCUCAGGAGCUUGGCCUUGAAGAAGGAAAGAAGUUGUGCGAAAUCUGUGCCUUAGUGAGGAAUCUCAUCAAAACGUCACUUUUCUCCCCUCUGACCCUGUAGCUCCUGAGACAAAGGACCGAGCACCCCGUGGGUAUCUCGGCAGCGCCCUUGCGUGCGGACAGGCCAGACAGGCCCUGGUAGCCCCCCAGCCCUUUCUGGCCAGGCUCCCCAGGCACCCCGAGUGCUACCCCUCGGCCCCUGGCUGGCCGCCCUGGGGUAGGACAGGGGCCCUUUGCAUCACACACUGCCGCGCCGGACGCCGGCCCCCCAGCAGCCCCGGCCAGCCAGGCUCGUUCUGUGCUCUCCACACCCACGCCUGCUUGCUUCAGCUCCUUGUGCCAAGCACCACGUGGUGUCCAAAGGCAGCCGUGGUCCCUGCAAAUGCACCCGGGCCUGGGUCCCCUUAGGUCUCAAGCCAUGGGUAUCCCCCAAACGUCCCCAAGCCAGCCUCUGCGACAGGCACACACUGCACUGACCGUGGGGGCAGGGUAGCUGCGGAGCAGGUGUGGCCCACGGUAGGAAGCCCGCACGCAGGCACCUUCGUUACUCCGUAACUGGUAUGUCACGGGAGAGGAUCCUGGAAGUCAGUCCCGUAGUCCGUCCUGCAUCACGGAGCCUCUGCGGGGCUGUUAGGGGUGCACGGCCCGCUGCCCUAGCCACCCCAGGCCGCCCCUGCCUGUGGACCCUGCCCCGCACAGCCGCACCCCAGCGGUCCGCGAGCCACCGUGGUGCGUGUCCUUUGUGUUGCUUGUUUCAGUCAACUUGCGGUUUUAUGCCCCGCUCUUUUAACUUGAAAAGGGAAUUGUGCAGAAAGUGAGAAACCAGCAUCGCUCACUUUGAAGAGAAGGUAAUGGUGGACGUGGCAGGAAGAGGAGCGGGAGAGCCUCCCGGGGCUCCUGGCGUGGACACCCUGCAUGGACACGGCGGGGAGGGCGGGAGUCCUCCACGGGACGCUUCGCCAGCACAGGAGGAGACCAGAUCCACAGAGAACCCCACCGAGCCCCAAGCAGAUGGCCUGGGCUGCCUUGCCCCCCCCCCCACACACAGAUUGAUGUGUUGAUGUCCUAGUGCCCAGCAGCUCAAAAUGGGAAAUUAUCUGGAAAUGGGGUGGUUGCAGGGGUACUUAGUUAAGGUGAGGUCACCCCGAAGUCAGGUGGGCCCUAAAACAAUGUAGGAGAGAAACCCCGUGAAGACGGGGCUGAUGCUUCUACAGCAUGCCGAGGUGACCAGUGACCCCCUUACCCCCUGCCCCGCCCCGUGAAGCUUGGGUGCCUGGGACAGGUUCUCCCCCAGCGGGAACCACCCCUGCGACUCUCCUGGGGCCACGCCGUCCCGAGGCUCCCAGCAGAUGCUAGGGCAACGGAGCAGGGUGCCGGGGUAUGCUGUGCCGUGGGGACGCACCUGUCCCUGGGUGGGACCCGGAGCGCAUGGGUGGACGGAGAGCAGGUUGCCCUGGGCCGGGUGGGGAGACCGGACUGACGACAGCCGGAAGGGGGGAAUGUGUGCGCCCUCGGCUCCCGGGGGCCUGGAAGGACGCAGCUUGGGGCUGGAGUUGAGAGACUGGGACCCAUUGUGCGGGUGACCGCGUCACAGAACCACAGGUAGGGCUUAAACCGCGGGUGCCUCCCCCCACCCUCCGGAGGGCAGAGCCCGGGGUCCGCAGUGGGGUGAUGCUGGUGUCCCAAGGACCACGGCCCCCGGGGCUCCGUGCUCCCAUGUCUGGGGGGCCUGGCUUGCAAGAGGACGGUGUCCAUGGGGCGGUGUCCCCGCGGCAAGCUCCAAGGAAGGGCCCUCCCUGCCUGUCCUAGCAGAACCCUAACACUAGGUUAGUGUUCAAGACCGAAUUUAAAAACGUUUCUUAAUGUCAUCUAAAAAUGUUCAUUAUACUUCAACAUUAAAAAAUAACAUUUUUUAGAGAAA